GGUCUCGGCGAGGGGCCGGAGCCGCCAGGGGCGGCGGCGGCGGCGGCUGCUGCUGGGGGGCAGGGGGCGGCGGCGGCGGCUGCGGGCGGGGCGGGGGAGAGUGGCCGCCGUUUGAUGGAUCCGAGGAUCGCCUGGUUUCAGCCAGAGCAGCUCGGACCCUCCAACAGUUUGUGGAUGCAGAUUUGGGAGACAACCCAGGGGCUGAGGAACCUCUACUUCAACCACCACUGUCACAGCAGCGCCACGAGCAGUAGCAGCAGCAGCAGUAGCAGCAGCAGCAGUAGCAGCAGCAGCAGCGGCAGCAGCAGCAGCGGGAGCAGCAGCAGCAGCGGGAGCGGCACCAGCAGCAGCAGCAGCAACACGGGCAGCCCCAGCGGCCCCGCCGCCGCCUCCGCCGCCGCCACCGCCGCAGCCUCAGCCGGCCCCGCCACGGCCCCCGCCGGCGGCAGCAGCAGCAGCAGCAGCAGCCCCCCAGCUGAGGGCAUGUACCGCCCCGGGGAGCGGCUCCUCGGCGGCCACGCACUGGCCCCGGAACAGCGGGACUUUCUGCCCUUAGAGACGACCAACAACAACAACAACCACCAUCAGCCCGGGGCCUGGAGCCGGAGGGCUGGAGCCUCUGCUGCUGAAACCGCCGACCCCGCCGCGGGCAACAGUAACAAGAGGAAAAGGGACAACAAGGCUAGCACUUACGGACUCAACUACAGCCUGCUGAGCCCCAGCACGGCCCCGGCCUCCACUGCCGGGGUCGGGGCAGGCGGAGGGGGCGGUGGUAGGUUGGCUGGAACAGCGGGAACUGGAGGGUUGUACAGUGGUACCCCUUGGAAGAGGAGGAACUACAACCAGGGAGUCGUGGGUCUUCAUGAAGAAAUCAGUGAUUUUUAUGAGUACAUGUCUCCUAGACCUGAAGAAGAGAAAAUGCGAAUGGAAGUGGUGAAUAGGAUAGAAAAUGUUAUUAAGGAGCUUUGGCCCAGUGCUGAUGUCCAGAUAUUUGGAAGUUUUAAAACUGGAUUAUAUUUACCUACCAGUGACAUUGAUCUUGUGGUAUUUGGGAAAUGGGAGAAUUUACCCCUAUGGACCCUAGAAGAGGCUCUUCGAAAACAUAAGGUUGCCGAUGAGGAUUCUGUGAAAGUGCUCGACAAAGCCACUGUACCCAUUAUUAAGCUAACAGAUUCUUUCACUGAAGUAAAAGUUGAUAUCAGCUUUAAUGUACAGAAUGGAGUGAAAGCCGCCCAGCUUAUCAAAGAUUUUACCAAGAAAUAUCCUGUAUUACCCUACCUGGUUUUAGUAUUGAAACAGUUCUUAUUACAGAGAGACCUUAAUGAAGUGUUCACAGGUGGAAUUGGUUCUUAUAGUCUCUUUUUAAUGGCAGUCAGUUUUCUGCAGCUGCAUCCCAGGGAAGAUGCUUGCAUACCCAAUACCAACUAUGGUGUUCUCUUAAUAGAAUUUUUUGAGUUGUAUGGACGUCACUUCAAUUAUCUAAAGACUGGCAUCCGGAUAAAGGAUGGUGGUUCAUAUGUGGCCAAAGAUGAAGUGCAGAAAAAUAUGCUGGAUGGCUAUCGGCCGUCAAUGCUGUAUAUUGAAGACCCGCUACAGCCAGGUAAUGAUGUUGGGAGGAGUUCGUAUGGUGCCAUGCAAGUGAAACAGGCCUUUGAUUAUGCAUAUGUUGUUUUGAGUCAUGCAGUAUCACCAAUAGCAAAGUACUAUCCCAACAACGAAACUGAAAGCAUUUUAGGUAGAAUAAUUAGAGUGACAGAUGAAGUGGCUACCUAUAGAGAUUGGAUAUCAAAGCAGUGGGGCUUGCAGAAUAGACCUGAACCUUCAUGCAAUGGAAACGGUGUUACCUUGAUAGUAGAUAAUCAGCAGUUAGAUAAGUGUAACAAUAAUCUAUCUGAAGAGAAUGAAUCCCUGGGAAAAUGUAGAAGUAAAACUUCGGAAUCUCUUAGUAAACACUCUUCAAACUCUUCAUCAGGUCCAGUGUCUUCCUCUUCUGCCACGCAGUCCAGUUCUAGUGAUGUUGAUUCUGAUGCAACACCAUGCAAAACAUCUAAGCAGCUGAUUUGUCGUCAGUCUACUGUGAACAGAGUGGGAUCACAAGAAGUAUCUUUGGAAUCCUCCCAAUCAGGAGGGAAAAUACAAAACAACCAACCUCCUAAUUCAGCCAAUAGCACUAACAAAUCUCAGCAUGGAUCAGCAAGGUUAUUUCGUUCUUCCAGCAAAGGCUUCCAAGGUACAACUCCAACAAGCCAUGGCCCCUUGAUGACAAACAAACAGCAUCAAGGCAAAUCAAAUAAUCAGUAUUACCAUGGCAAAAAGAGGAGGCACAAGAGGGACGCAGCCCUUUCAGACCUUUGUAGAUAGUUCCCAAUCUUUUGAUUGACUGUUCUUCUGUGUGCAAUGAUCUCAUGCUACAGGAUAGUUUGAUAGCAACUCCUGGGAUUCAUUCAGGAGCUUCAGACUGUUCAGACGUUGAUUAGCAACUGCAUUUUUUUCCCAGCUCGCCACGGAAUGGAUCAUGAAGACUGACAACUACAAAAACAAAAAGGAAAAAAAAAGGCUGCUCAUUUGAUAAGUCAUAUGCUAUACAACAGGGUCAUUUUAAGAUUUAAAAGCUUGAAUGUAAAAUAAAUAUAUAUCCCAUCAGCUUUAUGCUGAAUUGUAGGGGUAGUAUUCAGUGUGUGUAGGGGGUGGUAUAAACAAAAACUAAAAGUUUAAAAGGAGGGGGGAAGGAGAAAAAAUGUAUUUUGUGGGGAAACAGAUUUAAAAGGUGAAAGUGAUUUGUGCAUGAUUUUUUUUAUUAUUUUUGCAUAUAUUUACCAUUUUAUUGUGUGUAUAUAUAGAAGACCAUAUUAUAGGAAAUUGACAUUUGUAAUAGUGGAUUUGUUAAUACUUUUUACAUAACAUUACUGUUUAAAUUGUAAACAGAAUUUUCUCAGGAUUAGUUUGAAAAAUAAUCUGAAUUGUCAUCUUAACAUCCAUAUAUAGGAACGUGAUUAGUUCUGUUAUUCAGAAUUUGUUUUCCUCAGCAUUGAAAUGAAUUAAUAGAACACUUGUGACCUGCUGCAAAAGUUUUUCCUCUAAAAAGAAAAGAUUUAUGGUGGCAAAUGAAGUUUAUUUUAUUUUGUAAAAUGUGUACUAUGUAUUUUUGUGUAAACACUGAAAAAACUAUAUAGUCAUCUCUGAUAAUGAACUCGCAACUGUUUUCUAUAGUGCCGUCGUCUUUGGCAUUGGGCAAUUACACUACUUUGUUUUUCUUUGCAGUCUUUUUUUUUCUUCCUAAAAAGGAAAAAAAAAGCCACCUGAAUGUUGUCCAUUCUUGUUGCAGUAAAAAACAAAAAACAAAAACAAAAAAAAAACACCUCAGCUCGAGUUCUACAAACAUUUGCAUGCUGGCUUCUUUAACCUCUGUGCUCGCGUGUACUUGUUUUCUCAUUCUUUAUUCUUUUUUAAAUUCAUGCUAAACUUCUGUGGGAGAGAAUAACUGUUUAAGCUUUAAUGAAAUCAUACUUAUAAAACUAUUUUCUUAUACUCCACUUUAUGCUUUUGGUAUUGUUUAUCUUUCAAAAUUAAAUGGUCUUUGAUAAUGGACGUAUUUCGUAUUGCCUUAUUAAGACCAAACACUUCUUGUCAUCCCAUUCUUUAUCCUGCCCUUUCACUGAAUUGUUACCUUUAAUUAAAACUUUUUUAAACAUUGGUUUGUUUUAAUCAUACUGUAAAUUUAGGUGGUGGUCAGUUGAAUGCCUUGAGUGCAAAUGAGAUGUAAAAUUCUGUUAUUCACCACAUGUUGAGUUUGAAACUGAGUUGGGGAAAAUUGAACAUAAUAGAAUAUGAAGUGGCAUUCAUGGAAAUGCUUCCUUGGAAGGGAAAAGCGCUCUAUGUUCAUCGUCAAUGUGUAUGGCUCUGUUAAAUGAAGCCAUUCCUGAGAUGAGGAGCUUUUAUAUGCAUAUAUAUGUGUAUAUAUGUAUGCAUAUCAUAUAUGUGUGUAUGUACAUGCAUAUAUACAUACAUAUACACACACACAUAUAUAUAGGCUUAAAAUUUUUUCUUUUAUAUACAGUUAAAAAAUACCAGACCAACCAGACAGUAAUGGACACUAUUAGUGCAACAACUUUUUAAAUAAAAUAAUGCUAAAAUAUGACCAAAACCAAUGUCAUCACUGAAAUCAAUAUUUCAAUAUGUUAGUGUUUUACUUCAAAAAGGAAACAUAGGUUCCAAAAGAUGGAAACUCAUAAAUAACACUUACCUUGUAUAAACAGUAUAAGAGUUUUAAAUAUGAUGUUAAUUUGACAAUGUUUUACAUUUUAGAUUCACAUUUUGUUCAGAUCAACUAAUUUUUAUCAACAAGAUGUUGAGCUUUUGUUUAUAGAUUCUAGUUCAAGUCAUACCACAUUAUGCAUAAUCACAGUAUUUAUUUUGUUUUUUUUUUUAGAUUAUUGUGAAUGUGUAGACUUUUGUUUACUGCUUAGGGAGAAAUUAUUUAUAAAUUAUAUAAUCCAGUAUUAGCUGCUAUUAGCAAACUGUUUCAGAUAUAUAAAACUUGCAAAGAUCUGUGUUGCAUUGGCCACACUGACUUUUUUUUGUUGUUGUUUUGUUUUUGUGUUUUAAAGAAUCACCCUCAUUGUUGAAAGCAAAUGUACUCUUAGGGUGCAGGUAUUAGUGUUUCAAUAAGCAUGUGAUUAUUUUAAGGUGGUGGUAGCGGGAAGAUAAUCUUGAUUCCAUUGGGAAUCUUAGGUUUGCCUCAAUUUAUGGUUUUCAUAAAUUUAUUGGAAAAAUCGCUUUUCCUGGACUGCUCAAGUUUCUUUUUGGUAAACAGUAUCUUUCUAAAAGACAAAAAAAAAAGCAUGAAGGAAAAAUUGAGGUGUGUGUUACAUUUCCUCAAAUGACCAGCAUUGUAUUCGUAAAUACUGUAUAUCUUGCAAAUCUUUAUUUAAAUAGGACAGUUGAACUGUUCAUUUUUCAAUCUGAAGUAAAAUACUUUCAAGAACUUUUA